AAGGGCAAACGCCAGGGGCCGCGGGCGCUGCCGGAAGCCGGGGCGGGGCGCCCGCGAGGGAUGCGGUGAAGGGCCAGCGGCGCGGCGGCCGCGAUGAGUGCCUCUGCGGCCACCGGGGUCUUCGUGCUGUCCCUCUCGGCCAUCCCGGUCACCUACGUCUUCAACCACUUGGCGGCCCAGCACGAUUCCUGGACAAUUGUAGGGGCUGCUUUCCUCAUCCUGCUCCUGGUAGCUCUGUUGGCACGGGUCUUCGUCAAAAGAAAACCACCCCGGGACCCGCUAUUCUACGUUUAUGCAGUUUUUGGAUUUACCAGUGUGGUGAACCUCAUCAUAGGCCUGGAACAAGAUGGAAUCAUCGACGGGUUCAUGACACACUACUUGAGAGAGGGUGAACCAUAUCUGAACACUGCAUAUGGGCACAUGAUCUGCUACUGGGAUGGCUCUGCUCAUUACCUGAUGUACCUGGUGAUGGUGGCAGCCAUAGCAUGGGAGGAAAGUUAUAGAACCAUUGGCCUAUAUUGGGUCGGAUCUAUUACUAUGAGCAUUGUAGUUUUUGUUCCAGGAAACAUUGUAGGAAAGUAUGGAACACGAAUUUGCCCUGCUUUUUGCUUAAGCAUACCAUAUACUUGUCUUCCUGUUUGGGCUGGUUUCAGAAUCUAUAAUCAGCCAUCAGAAAAUUAUAAUUAUCCCUCAAAGGUUGUUCAAGAAGCCCAAGCAAAGGACCUGCUGAGAAGACCAUUUGAUUUAAUGUUGGUUGUGUGUCUCCUCCUGGCAACUAUAUUUUGCCUGUUCAGAGGCUUGAUUGCCUUGGAUUGCCCAGCUGAGCUCUGCAGGUUAUAUACGCAAUUUCAAGAGCCCUACCUAAAGGAUCCUGCUGCUUAUCCUAAAAUUCAGAUGCUGGCAUAUAUGUUCUAUUCUGUCCCUUACUUUGUGAUUGCACUUUAUGGCUUAGUGGUUCCUGGAUGUUCCUGGAUGCCUGAUGUAUCACUGAUACAUGCUGGAGGUCUAGCUCAGGCUCAGUUUUCUCACAUUGGUGCUUCUCUUCAUGCUAGAACUGCUUAUAUCUACAGAGUCCCUGAAGAAGCGAAAAUCCUUUUUUUAGCAUUAAACAUAGCAUAUGGAGUUCUUCCUCAGCUCUUGGCCUACCGUUGUAUCUACAAACCAGAGUUCUUUGUAAAAACAAAGGCAGAUGAAAAAGUGGAAUAAAAAUAUUAUUUCAUGUUCUUCCUCUUUAGAUUAUUGACUUUUGUUAUACUGGUACUGAUUUCACUUCCUUCCCAUAUACACAUACUUAAGAGUACAUAAAUUCUUGCUGUGCAAUGUGUGAGCUACAUGGUAUUUUGUGGGUAAAUUUUCUUUUUUUGAAGUUAAAGGUGAGAAAAAGUUUGUUUAAAGAAAUAUAUUUGAAAUUAUUUGUGAAUAAACCUGAUCAUCUAUCUCAUUAUUGUUUGACAUAUUAAAUAAUUAUAAGUGUAAAAAAUUACAAUUUAGUGCCUACAAUAGUGAGCAUGAAAAUGAAACUAUUCAAAAGUGAGUAUGGUCUACGCAUAUUAAAAAAUGCAAAACAGCAAAUGCAGAUUGGAGAAAUAACUUUUGCAUAUAAGAUGUAUAUGUUUUGUUAUCAACAUUAAUAUAAAAAAGGGCAAAUCAUCAGAGUAUUUUAAAUGUUGUUUGAAAAAUGUUUUCCCAAGGAAAGUAUAUUAUUUACUGCUGUUUUAAAAAUUGCUUUUACUAGGUUUUCUUGUGUGACUCUAGCUAAAGAGGGAUUGAUAACUUUAUCAUUAUGCUUAAUCAACGCUUGUUUUAUUGGUGGCUGGAAAUAUUUCGACUGUAUUUUU